AUGAGGCGGCUCAGGGUCAAGGACCCAUCUGGGCUCUGCUGGGCCUGCGGUGGCUCCAUCCCGUACACUGCAAGCUCCCAGAAGCGGAGCUUCAUUGUCUCAGCCCCCAGAGGCAUCGCCGUCAAGCCGUCAAGUGGUAGGCGCAGAAGGCGGAGACGCGUCCUGUUCGAACUGCCGGACGUCGUGCUGGAUCUCGACGCCGAGGACAGCCCGUAUGUGCGCCCUUUCAACGACCAGGAUGCCGCCCAGCAGAGAGCCAAAUGGGGAUACGACCCUGUUUUCCCUGAGGUCGAGCAGCGUGUUGACAAGCUGAGGACGGACAUCCUCAAGGAUGGUAUAAGCAUGCGCCAGUUGUUGGCAGCCCGUCACCACCCAUUCAAAAUCUCGGAUCACGAUGUGCUUUCGGUCGCCCUGCUCGGUGGCAACGCGAGUGCUUCACUGGCUGAUGGUGAAGCGGUGGAUGAAGGAGCCCAUCGACGCAAUGCCUUGUUGGAACACAGGGACCAGGCGUUGCACGCCAACGGCAUACCGGAACGCAUCCUGGGCCGUGAUGCAAACACCAUAAUCCAUUUCAUGCUGCACCGCCAGCGACUAGCGUCUGCCUCACAUGAGACUUCUUCGACCAGCAGCAAUGGUGAUACAAACACUUCGGAUACUUUUGAUGAUGCCUUCCAGCACUGCAAAGGCAUUGUGCAGCUCGAGAGGCUGUGUUCGAACAGCCUGUCGUCGGGACCUGAAGCGAUCGGCCCUGCUUCCAUGGAUCACGUUGCACGCCGCUUGGAGGAUCUGAAGAAUACCAACCCCAAACGUCAUACUCAACACGCCCUCAAACUCGUCAACAAUUUCACUAUGAGACUGCUCUCGGCGAAUGCUGAUUUGAGCCCAUCCUUGUCGCUACUCGGCUUGGUCAUGGCAGCCAACCUCGGCCUGCUGCCCGCGAUCAUGCAGUAUCUGCAUAUUUGCUUGUCACAGGGGUUUAUAGGCAAAUCUCAAGACAAGCCCGAGAUGUUAGGCGAGAUAGGACAGGGAAUACUCGGGGCAUUAGAGCGAGGAGAUGGUUCAGCAAGGGGGACUCGUCCAGAGCUCUUCACCUUGUUGACCGGCCGGACUCACGCCGGCUCGGCAGUGCAGCCGGCCUUGUUCGGGUCAAGCGUCAGUAGCAGUGCAGAGGAUCCUCACACUCACCACAUUUACGUCCAGCUUCUCGGCCAACUGGGUGCCUGCCGGCUGCUGUGGCACUCGUGGAAGAGAGGCGCAAAGAAAAGGAUGAGACAUUACGAGCCAUACUACUACGCAGCCUUUGUUCGCUGCGCCGAGGUGCUACGCGACGCCAAGAGCGUCGCCGGGUUGGACUGUGCGACGGCCACGGGAGACCUGGAAAGGGACGCCGAGCUCGAUUUACAGGCUAUUGACGCAUUGGAUGCUCACCAUGCCUCUUCGACUUCCUCCGAGGCACCCUACGCCUGGCAUUUUGAGGAUCCGCUCUCUUGGGACGAGAUCAGCAAAGUAUUCGAGAGUCCUGGGAUACACCAAGCUGUGGCACGGAUGAAUGAUCUAAUCACCAGUGCUGAUAUGGAAUGA